GGAAAAAAAGGAGAACUUUUUACCAUUGCAGUGAAGUGAAGUGUUCUCAUCUCCGAAGAAUCUGAAAGAGUCCUGCUGGCUGCAACUGCAAGUUUGUGGUGCUCAUGGAUACAAGAAAGGUUCCGUUGCUCUGUUAUUGGAAUGGGUGUAUAAAAGAUGGUCCUGAUGGUCCAUUCUAUGAAGGGUCAAGUCCAAGAGGGAUCAGAGUUGACAGCAAAAUCGAACUAUCCCAGUUGUUGGAUGAUCUGCAUCGAGUUACUGGUUUUGAAAAGGGAAAGUUUCAGAUUGAUUUGAUUGGUAGGUUCCCUUCCAUCGUUCAGCAACAGAUGGUCAAGUAUGUGCGUUUGCCCAUUGUGGAUGAUUGUAGUUUAGAGAUGAUGCUAGAGGUUCUAAGUCACCAUCCUUCUAUCAACAAUCUGGAGUUGUAUUUAAAGAUCAAACCGUUGUCUGAUGAAGGAACUGUUCCUAUAUCUCAUGAUCAGUCGCCAUUGGAAAAUAAUGCGACCCGAAAGCGUGCUCGGCAAGAGGAGGAGGCUAGCGUCAAUGCAGAUGUAAAUGUGAGUGUGAGGAAUACUAAACUAAGAAGUCCGCCGGAGGAUAACCAUAAUGGGUGGAUUGAAGAUGAAGAGAGUAUGGAUGAGACUGAGGAGAGUACGGAUGAGGAGAAUAAAGAUGAUAAAGAAAGCCCGCAGUUGAUUUUCUCUAGUCCAUGGCUUGAUGAAAGUGAGUUGCAUGUUGGGAUGAUUUUUAAAGAUAAAGAUGAGCUUGAGAAUGCAGUGAAGUUGUACUCUAAUAGAAUGCAACGUGAGUACAGUAAAUACGACUAUUCCAAUGAGGAUACCUUAAAAUACCGUGCAAGAAAGUAUGUGAAUGGUUUCUCACGGCAGCUAAAACAAAUGGAAAUGUCGUCAAGAUAACAGAAUAUACAGGACCACAUACUUGUAAGCCAGCAGAUGUAAGCCCAGAUUUUCUGGCAGGUGAGAUCGAAUGUCUAAUAAAGGCUCAGCCCUCGCUCUCUAUUGAAGAGUUGAACAAGUGGGUGAAAGAAGAAUUUGGCUACACAGUCUCGUUUGCUAAUAUGUGGAUUGCUAAAAAGAAAGCAAUCACUGCAAUCUUGGGAGAUUUGGAUAACAGUUUUAGUGUAUUGCCCAAAUUCAUGGCUGCCCUUAGCUCAUCUAACAGUAUGCUCUUGGAAUGGCAAUAUGAUCCUUUUCCUGAUCCCAAAGAUGCAUCCUUUCAUUCUGUGUUUUGGGUGUUUCAGCAGUCAAUUGCAGGGUUUCCUCACUGCAGACCUGUGAUCAUAGUGGAUACAAUAAACUUGAGCGGUAAGUACCCUGGGAAACUGUUGGUUGCAGCGGGAUUUGAUGCCGAAAACAAGAUUUUCCCACUUUCGUUUGCAAUUAUUACCGAAGGAAGUUUGUCAGCUGAUACUUGGCGUUGGUUCUUUGCAUGCAUCAGAAAGAAAGUAACACAAAGGGAAGGCAUUUGUCUAAUAACGAGUCCGGAUCCUGACAUAGUUACAGUUGUUAAGGAGCGUGAGUGUCAGUGGGCACAACACCGGUUCUGUCUUAGGCAUAUGUGCUUAAAAUUUUAUGAAGUUUUUCAUAACAAUCUCAUGACAGAGUUUGUUUACAAGGCGGGAUCUACGAAGUACGUAUCAAAGUUCGUGAAGUACUUGAAGAAAAUCGAAAAGAUGAACUUGGAGGCUCGAAAAUGGUUAGAUAAAAUACCUCCACAUCAGUUGGCUCUGGCUUACGAUGAUGGUGGGAUGAGAUUUGGAAUCAUGAAAACAAACACAAUAUUUGGGACAUAUGGUUUCAUAAACAAAUCUCUUGAUCUUCCUAUCCCAACCUGCAUCUUGCUAAUUUUUGAUCACCUGGCAGAGAUUUUCAAAUCUCAACGUGGUCGUCUUGGAGAAUCACCGAAUGGAAGAGACCUAUACUCUAAAUAUGUCAUGGAUUUUUUUGAAGAGUGGAAGGAAGCUUCUAGAACGCACGAUGUAUUGCCUCUAGACCAGAGGGGGAAUAAGUUUCAGGUCACGGAAGUUAGAAAAACGAGAUUUGUUGUUCAUCGCAGUGAUCGGGUUUGCACUUGUAGGAUAUGGCAACUUUUCAAGAGUCCAUGUUCACACGUGUUAGCGGUUUGCAGGAGGCUGAACAUUGAUCAUUUGCAGUACAGUACCGAAAGUUCUCUUGCAGUGUACGCAGCUGAUUUCAAUCCGCUUCCGGGUGUAUCUGACUGGCCUGAAGCUUCCCAAGUUCCAAGAUUGUUUCCUCCUGGAAGUUGUCAGAUAUCAGCUCAGCCAAGCAAGGUUAUUGGAGGCCAAAAACGAUCCAACACUGGCAAAAACAAAGGUCCUAAACGUUGAACCAAACUGAACUAAAAUGGUGAAGAUGGUUACGUUUGUUACCGAUGUACUUUGGUUUGGUUCAGUUUGAGUUUAAGGGAAACUUAAAAGUCAGUUUUUUUCAAUAUGUACAAAGAAGCGGCUAAAGUAGUUUGGUGAAUGCUUAAACCUAAUAAGUAGUAAAAGUUUUUUUGUUUGUAUGAUAUGCUAACCGGUUUAGUGUUUGUUUUUUGGGAGGUUGUAUGAAAACCGGUUUGGUUCCUGUAAUGUCUGGACUAGGGUAACGUUUGUGAUGAUGAUGUAUUUGUAUGCAGUAGUCAGUGUAUGCACUUUCGUUUUUUUUCACGA